UUUCUCUCUCCCUCCCUCCCUCUGCAUGUGAUGCCAUAUAUGGUCUCCAGCCUUUCACCCCUCUAAAUAGGUUUGACUCUGAUAAUAUUUUAAUUUAUAUUUUUUAAAUAAAGGCCCUAAUUUUCAUUUUGCACGGGGCCCCGAAUUUUAAAGGUACGGCCCUGGCUGCUAGCGACCGACCCAGCUACUCGUCUGCCUGCCCCUCCCUCCACCCUCCCGUAUAUAAAUGCCCAACCAAGCAGACAUGCUCCACAACUCAACAACCUCCGGUUUCUUCUGAAAUCUAAACCCAGUCGUGCCUAGCUAGCUCCUUCCCGCUUCCAGUGGUCGAUCGCAUCCCACAGGCUACAGUUUCCUCAGCUCCACAGGUUCCCUGUUCUUCACUUGUACGCACGUCCAUGACGAAGCACCAGCGAGCUGCAGCACACCAGGCCGUGUCACUCUCCCUCUCGCUCUCCCUCGGCGCCGUCGCCGGCCUCAACAAGAAGAUGCGCCGCGCUGCCGCCGCAGCCGGUGGGGAUCAGUUCGUGUGCAAGACGUGCGGCCGCUCGUUCCCGUCGUUCCAGGCGCUCGGCGGCCACCGGACCAGCCACCUCCGCGGCCGCCACGGGCUCGCGCUCGCCCUCACCACCGGCGAUCACUACUACUCCGUCAAGCCCAAGAGUACAGCCGAUCACAAGUCUCAGCACCGGUGCCACAUCUGCGGCCAAGGGUUCGAGACGGGGCAGGCGCUCGGCGGCCACAUGCGCCGGCACCGUGACGAGGCGGCGGAGGCGCCGCCCGUUCUGCUCGAGCUCUUUGUCUAGACUCAUCUCAGUAGUUCUAGUGCAGAGUUCCUGACAUGCAUAUGCGUGCACACUCGUAGCCGUAGGUGUUGAUUAUUGGUUCCUUCAUUCCUUUAUAUGUGUAUAUAUGCAUAUAAGUAUGAUGACUUCUUCGGUGAUUAUAUACAUUAGUUCGUUCGUUUAUGUUGUAUCGCGCACCCACAGGGCCACAUGGUCGUGCUGAAACGGGAUGCAGUAUGAAUGAAUCUUGUUGGAGUGGUGUGGAAUGAUCUAU